AUGAAAAAUGUUAUCGAAUCGAAAAAACUACUGCACAGCCUUCAAUUACUGAAAAUCGAAUUGAAUCAACGUGAUCUUCUCAUACAAAAUUUGAAGAUCGAAUAUGAGGAAAAGUGUGAAGAUUUGCAAGAGAAACUAGCUGAUAUGACUUACCAACGCGAUCUGUUGCAAACUAAACUCAAUUCUCAACUUCAAGUCGAACGUGAAUUAGCACUUCGUUCACAAGAUGAAGUUCGUCAACAAUUAACACAUAUUAUGGAACGACAGCGACAAUUAGAAGACGUGAAUGCACGUUUAGUAUCAAAAUCGAAUGAAAUUCGACACAAUUUACAACAUAAAAUUCUUCCAACUGACGAAGAAUAUCGAAUAUUAAAGUCAACGAAUAUCAAUUCGGAACAAAUGCCGUUAAAAGACUUCAUUAUGAUCAAAUUCUACGAAACAGUACGUCCGAUCGAAAUGGAAUAUGAAAAUUGUAAAAGAACGCAAAACAUCUUGGACAGUAAACUGACCGCAACAGGACAGGACCUUCUUCAAACUCAAAAAGCAUUAGAUGAAGAACGUCGCUCAAACCAUACUGUUCAUAUGCAAUUACAAAAGACGACCGGAGAGCUGAAUGAAUACAAAAACUUGUGUGAACAGAAUGAAUUCAAGAAGCAAAAUUAUGAUCGAAUUAAAAGUGAACGAGAUCAAUAUGAACAUCGUAUUGUUGAGCUCGAUCGACAAAUAACACAGAAUGAAUUACACAUUCAGACGCAAACAAAAGAAAAAGAAAAUUUACUUUUACAAUUGGCGGAAUUACGUCAAGAAAUAGUUGUUCUACGACAAGAUAAAGAAUAUUUAACGCGACAAUAUAAUGAUAUUCAACAUAAAUUUUAUUCAACGGAAGAGAAACUCUCAACACUUGAAGCUGCACUUGAUGAAACCAAACGCGCCAAGGAGCUUCUCUAUGAAAAACAUAUCUCAACUAGAGAUGCGUAUAAAACUGAAUAUGAGAAUAAAUUAUCCGUCGAAUUGGAGCAACUUCGUUCGAAAACAACAUUGGAAAUCGAAAAAUUACGCGAUGGAGUAAAGGAAAUGUACGAACGAGAAAAUCGAUCGUUUCAACAUGCACGUGACGAAGCAUUGCUCGAACGUGACCGACAUAUUCAACUUGAACGAGAUUUGCAACGGAAAUACGAUGUAUUAUUGAACGAAUCUCGUCAAUAUCAAAGCAAUGUUGAAGUUCGACUAGGUGAACUACAGGCAGAAGUAAAAUUGAAAACUUUCGAGUCGGACCGCGUUCAAUUGUUAUAUGAAGAGAAUUUGAAGACCUUGAAAGCGACACAGAUCGAAAUUGAAAAAUUACAGAAGAAAAAUGAUUUAAUUCAAAAAGAAUAUUUUAAUCUACAAGUUCAAUCGGACCGACGUUUGAUGGAGAUCGAUACAGAACUGAAUGAAAAACGAACCAAACUACAAGUUUAUGAAAAGGUUGAACAAGAGUUAGACGAAGUUGUCAUGCAAGCAGCGCAAGUUGAAAAUGAUGGCGAAGCGGAGAAGGUGUUGUUUUCUUAUGGUUACGGUGCAUCAUUACCAACGUCAGCCAAACGACGUCUCCAGCAUUCCGUGCAUUUAGCUAAACGUGUUAUUCAACUAGAACAAGCAAAUACGUCGUUACGUUCGGAAUUAGAACGAGAACGAAAGACGAAGAGCGAACUUCAUCGUGACUUGGACAAUGCAAAUAAAAUACUUGAUCAAGCUCAGCAACCGUACGAUUUUCUCAUUGCGACAAUUCGUAACAAAGACGCGCAGUUGAAUAAAGUACAAAGUACUAUUGAUCAACUAGAAAAUCGACUUCGAGAAUCGGAAAAUGAUCGACAAACAUUACUGAAAACAAAUAAUCAACUAACAAAAGAUAUUGAAAAACUAUUGGAAUAUCAAGAGCCGUUGAAAGUAAUGAAAAGUGUUAUCACGAACUUACAACAUCAAGAUCCGCAAAGAACAACUCGUCGUUCACCAUCGCCUCCAUCCAACACUAAAUAUCGUUCACUUACACCACCAACUCAUCAGUCCAAACGCUCUGUCGCUUUUGCAGAUCAAUUCAGUGUACACAAUAAUCCACCGCCGAUGGUUUUCACCUCAACAAACAAUGCACGAAGUCCUUCUUCGAACACUAUUCGAGGUCCACCUGCCUCUCAACAAGGAAAAUAUCGAAAAAUUUACAAAGUAACAAACAAUUAA